CCUGAUUUGAUUCGGUAAAGUACAAAUAUAUAGUUGUGUACAGUUUACCGAGUGUAACACAUGAAAGCACAUUCUGUUUUUCAGUAAAUUCAGUGUUGAAACAAGUCCAUCACACUAUAAGGAGAGCAAGAACAAAAGGAAAGAAAAGAUUGGGUAAAUUCUCACCUCUGUUCCACAAAACUGCCAAAAAUGUCUGUAGAACCAGACCUAAGUGACCUGCCCUUACCAAAGCACCAAUAGACUUUCUUGAGGGAUCUAGUGGAUGGCCCCAGCCUGUUUGUGUCGCAGAUCCCAGCUUGUCUGCAGCUUCGCUCAGUCACAAAAGGACUAAUGCAAUAUUCUGAAGCAAUGAAGUUUGAAAACUACAGACAUGCUGCACAUGUGUGUCUGUGGGCACCGCAGGAAGGUAGUUCAAGAUUUGGACAACUGCGGGCAGCUGUCAUGAUGCAGUUAAGGUUUGAUGGAACAUUUGGGUUUCCUGGUGGCUUGAUGAACAAAGGAGAGGAUGUAGUAACAGGUCUCAACCGAGAGGUGAGUGAAGAGAUUGGAUGGGACUCGACUGCCCACCCCAUCACCUUGAAGGACUACUUCAGUACUCAGGUAAUUGAUGGGCGAAACCUAGUGCUGCACUUCUUCAUCAAGCAACUGACACUUGAACAGUUCUCAGCUGUAGAGAAAGGCUGUCCUCUGAGUAAAGACUAUGGUGAUGAGGUGAUGGGCAGUGUACGGGUGCCUCUCUAUACUAUGGCCAACAUGUAUAAUGGGCUGCCAGCUUUCAUAAAUAACAAGUUUGUUGGUUCAGCCAAGCAACAGCUACUACUUGCACUCCACCAUGUUAAGUUAUUCACUGAGGAAGAAAUCAAUGAAGUGAUUCUUAAAAGCCAGAAUCUAAAACUGAGUUCCAAACAGUUUUAAAGUGUUGAAUGUACUGUUUUUUUUUAAAUUUAUUUAUGCAACAAGGUAUGAUAUAUGGGCAUGACCGCCCAUAUGUAUUUUUCCCCAUAGGUUAUUAAGUUCGCCAUUUGCGCAUUCGCCAAUUGCGCACCUUCAGACCGCCCAUAUGUGCGCAAAUGGUGAGGUUAUACUGACAAUGCAAGAACAAUCUAUAUAUCUAUCUGUAUCGCCGACACCCUGUUCCCUCAGGAACUUCCCUCCAUGGGCAGCCAUGGCAGAAGUUUCUCCAUCUCUCCCUGUACUGGCACUCUCUCAGCAAACUCAGUCUUGUUACUUCCAACUCUCACUCCAAUAUUUACUCACCCUAUUGAUCCACUUCACAGGUGGUCUUUUCCUGACACACCCUUCCUCAAUCCUUUCCUCACACACUCUUCACAAAUUAAUUUUCAUACAUUCUCAUCACGUGUCCAAAUCAUCUCAGUGUACCACGCUUCACCCAUUCGACCACUCCACAAUUCACUCCCUUUGCUGUCAUACCCAUACCAAACCUCUCAUAGAAGCUCUCAUUACUUUCUCCAUCCCAUCCUGAAACACCACAUUCACCUCUUAUAUAACUCAUUUCCACUGCACAUAUUCUUGAUUGAAGUGCUGCAUUCCAUGUCCUCAGCUUUGAUGCACAUGACAGAGUUGGCAGGAUAAUAUUAUUCCCUAAGCCCCUCUUUACCUUCAUGCUCACACUUCCUCCACUCAACUUUUUCCAAUUCACUUACUACCACGGCCUGAUCACAUGUUGGACUUGUAAUUGCCAGCAGGUACCCUCCCGACAUGAGCAAGUGCAGUUUAUCGUCAAUCUAUGGGUACUGCCAGGACCUCACACACCACACACCCCAUCCCCCUCAGUCAGUGGAAAAAAUCCAGCCUGAGCGGGCUUGAACCGCCGCCCCGUCAGGCCGUGAAGCCUGGCAGUGCAGCGCUCUAACCAUCUGCGCUCUUUCCUCUUUCCUUCACCUCACCUUCCAUACUUCCAUGCUUACACAAAACCACCCCCAAAUAUUUAAACUCAGUCACCUCCUCCAUUCUCUCUUCCCCCACCCAUAUCCUUCACUUCAUUGUGCUCUUUGCUCUAAUUCUAUUCAGCUUUGCAAAAUCAAUGGUCUACUUUCUUGUCCUCUAAAUACCAUAACCUUACUCUUUCCAAUAUUCACUUUAAGUUUUCUUCUCUUACUCACCCUGUCAAACUCAUCCACUAUCCUCUGUAGCAUUCUCUCAUUCUCUGCAAACAAGACUAUUGUCUGCAAACAGGACUGACAUCAAUGACUCCCCUGUACCUUUCACUUUCAGUCUUGGACCUAGCUCCCCCACUCUGUCCUUCAUUUUUCUCAACAACCAACAAGCCUUCAGCUUCGUUCCUCUGGUUUGUUAUCUUACUAUCAAGUGUGCUUCUUAGUUGUUGGGGUUAAGCAUCACAAAGGUUAAAUUAUGAAAUAUAUUAUCUUAGUGAUUGGUGUUAAGCAGCACAAAGGUUAAAUUAUCAUGAAGUUUAUUCACAUUCACUUUAGUAAUUCUGUUGGUAAUGGUAGCGAGCUUUACUGAAGUUAAUUAACAACAUUAUUUACAACUCAUCGUUCUGUUGGUAGCAUGUAACCGAGCUUAACUGGAGUUAGUUAACAAUACUAAUUACAACUCACCAUUUUGUUUACCAUGUAAGGGCAUACUCAUCACAGAUCAUGUCAUUAUAAAAAUAUAUAUAUAGUGCACUGGCCAUA